AUGGCCUCCACCGAAGAUCUCCAUAUCUCGAAUCUAUUCUCACUCAAAGACCAUGUCUGUCUCGUGACUGGAGGAGGCACCGGUAUCGGCUUGAUGGCCACCCAAGCACUCGCUGCAAAUGGAGCCAAAGUGUACAUCACAGGCCGGAGAAUGGAAGUGCUCGAGAAUGCGGCAGAGAAGCACAGCCCACAUUCCCGCGACAACAACAUGAAUGGGCAAAUAAUCCCCAUCGGCCCAUGCGACGUGACCAAGAAGGAAGACCUGGAGCGCAUCACCGCCGAGCUGGAAUCCAAGGAGAAAUACCUGUCGCUAGUUCUCGCCGCCGCAGGAGUCUCGGGGCCCAAGGGCCACCCGGACACCAGCGACGCCGUGAAGCUGAAGGAGCAGCUGUGGGAAGAGGACCCUGCGGCCUGGGGCGACACCUACAACACCAACGUGACCGGCGUGUUCUUCUCCGUCGUGACGUUCUUGCCGCUGCUACAACGCGCGCCGAAAGGGCAGGCGAGCAGCGUCAUCGUUAUCUCCAGCAUGUCCGGCAUGAUGCGUGACUCGCAGGCCCAUUUCAGCUACAACGCCGCCAAGGCCGCCACGGCCCAUCUCUCGCGCAUGAUGAGCAAGGAGUUCGCCCCGACCGGUGUGCGUGUCAACAGUAUCGCGCCAGGCUAUUUCCCGUCCGAGAUGACUAUGAAGAGCUCCGACGACCGCAAUAAAGCUGAAAUGCCCAAGGAGAAAGUCGAGGAGAAGGGCCACGCUGUGCCAGCAGGUCGGGCGGGCACUGAUGAGGAGAUGGCCAUGGGCGUCAUUUUCCUGUCAAAGUGCGGCUAUGUCAAUGGUGAGGUGCUCAAGUUGGAUGGUGGUGUUCUGAACGAAGUCGGUAGCUGA